CAAUCAAUCAACCAUACAUACACCCUUCUCUGGUAGAACAUCCUCACGCACUUCUCUCUGCUCUUGAAACACCCCUGCGAGGGCUCACCCGUGACAAGAUGCACCGCUCUCUCACUCGAUGCACGACUUGCCGCCACUCCAUCCUCGAAACAUUCACCUCUCUAGCAGGAAUAUCGCUCUCGUCUGCGGCAUCUCGACAACCACUCCGCCAGCCCUCUCUUCCACAAAAUAGGCCAUUGUCUCAGCUCCCCUCCCUCCGCCAAUCUCUCUCUCAAUCCACCUCAUCACCACCGCCAGAGCCGCUACCAUGGUACCUACAAGUGGACGAACCGCUCCCUCCGACGCCAAUCUCCCCCAUCCUCGCAUUACAGGAAAUACCACCCUUGCCGCCUAAUCCACCGCUCAUUCUCCCGUCCGUCCUCGAACACCUCUCUACGCAAAUCGGCCUCGACAACCUCACCCUCCUCGAUCUCCGAAGUAUCGAUCCUCCGCCCGCCCUGGGCGCCAAUCUACUCAUGAUCAUCGGAACCGCCCGCAGUGUCAAGCAUCUCAACGUAUCCGCGGAUCGCUUCUGUCGAUGGGCUAGAAAAGAAUACAAGCUUCGACCCUACGCGGACGGGCUGCUCGGCCGGAAUGAACUCAAGCUCAAGUUGCGCAGGAAAGCCAGGAAAAUGAAACUUGCGCAAAGCGUCGGGAACACGAUGGCCAUGCGCGAUGCAGAUGACGGGAUCACUACAGGAUGGAUCUGCGUAAACAUGGGGCCUGUGGAUGAGGCUGUCGUGCCCGCCGAAGACGAUGAAGGAGGCUUGGAGGCAACGGCAGUAACCGCCGAGGAUGAAGGUCAAGCUGGGUCAGAAGACGUUUUCGAGGACGAGGAGGAUGAAUAUAUGAACCCACCAAAUGACUACGUUGGGUUUGGCAGCCGGACGAAUGCCCCGCGGAUAGUCGUGCAGAUGUUCACGGAGCAGAAGAGGUUGGAGAUGGACCUUGAGGGUCUGUGGGAUGCGAGGAAUACGAGGCGAGCACGCAAGGCUCACCGGGCAAACGCUGCGGCCGAGUCAGCUGUCAAGAUGAUGAAAGAGGAGGAGGGCCAGGACGAGGAAGUUGACGAGCGAGAGAAAGAGGUGCACGAGGAUGCUACGCCGGUUGAGAAACCGACGGACCCUAAGGACGACGAAGAUGUGCCUAGCAAGAUGGAGAAAGAGGUUGAGGAUGCUGAAGAACGUGAGAGGACAGAUGAGUCUCGUCCCAUGGGUUCGAUAGGUGCCAGUUGAUAGAGUCGGCUGGUAAAAGUACAAUCGCAGCCUCUCUAGGCUUCCCUCCAGACAAA